CGGUGUGGAGCUCUGUAUGCCCCCUCUGCCGAGAGAGCAACACGGAAGCAGCAGAAAGCGCUCCCUGUUUGUGUUGAAUACAGUCCUGUCUGUUAGCAGUCUGACUGUAUUGAUGUCGGGCUCAGUGUAAUGAAACAACACUGGAACAAUGGCAGACGAAGCUCCUUUCCAGUUUCUACAUAACGAAGUGAUACAGUACAUCUACAAGUCAGCUGACAGCGAGGACACGGAACAUGGCGGGAACAUCUCUACCCUGGAGAACAUGGGCUGUAGAGUGGGCCAGGGGCUGGUGGAGAGACUAACCAAAGACACGGCACGGUUCAAAGAUGAGCUCGACAUCAUGAAGUUCGUCUGUAAGGACUUCUGGACAUGUGUGUUCAAGAAGCAAAUUGACAACCUCCGAACCAAUCACCAGGGCAUCUAUGUUCUCCAGGACAACAAGUUCCGAUUGCUGAGUCAGCUGUCGGCAGGGAAACAGUAUCUGGAACACGCUCCCAAGUAUCUGGCCUUCAGCUGUGGACUGGUGAGAGGAGCACUGUCCAACCUUGGAGUGAAGAGCAUCGUGACUGCUGAGGUGUCCAUCAUGCCUGCAUGUAAAUUCCAAAUCAUGAUCCAGAAAAUGUAGCUACUAGCUGAUGCCACUCUCACUCUUCUGCCUUCAUACAUAUCCCUGAUAAUUUGUCAUAAAAAGGGAAAUGCUACCCAUCAUCAUCAUCAUCAUCAUCAAUUAUGUUCUCCUCUGCUUUAGCUAACAGUUACAAUUACAACGUUUUUGUCUAGACGUUCAGUCUUAGAAGGGAUGUGUUUGUUGCUGAUGAUGAUUAUUUGUGUUUUACUAGUUAUGUUAUUGAGAUGACGGUAGUGGAAUUGCUUUACGCCCUCUUCAUUUGAUGCAAAGUAAACCGUUAAAUAUUUCUAAAAUGAUCAAAAGGUCUGUCGGACAUUAUCAUAAAAAAAUACGCAUGCAUAUUGUCCCAUGCCUUUAGUUAGCUCUAAUUAUAAACCUAUUUUAAACCAUUCAUAGAAAGAAACAACAAAAACCCAACAAUAUAUAGACAAAGAUGAUGAUGAUGAUGAUGAUUAUUUGAAAAUGGGGGCCAAACUGAGCAGACAACACAAAUGUAUGUCUUUACAGUUAAAUGUUAAACAAAACAAGUGUCCCGAUGAAGGCUCAGAGACAAGACAGAGUUUGGAGAUCUCUAUCCAUUACAUGAUUUCAUAAACAUGAGUAAAAGAAUGAAUAAAGACGUUAGCCUGUGAUUACAGUGUUCCUCAGAGGAAAGACACUUGUACAAAGUUUUUAUUUUUAUUGAAGUUGUUUGAUUUAAGGUCGAAUCGGUUGCAAUAAAUUCUACAGCGAUAUGUUUCACUGUUUAUAUUCCAGCAUACAUUUUGGAUCAAAAAACAGAAUCAUGGUAAAUAAUUAGAAAUGUUUUCCUGACUGAAAAUUCACAUGAAUGAUCUCUGAAGUUAAAACUUGAAAAGAAAUGGGACCAUCCCAGCAGCACCUGAAUGCACCAUUGUUCUUCCGUCAUGAUCUGUCAUUAUGAAGUGGUGCACCCUGUCCAGCUUCACCCCAUCAUAGUGUCUGUUUAAAGCUAUCACACCACUGAAGGCAAUGACAAGCUAAUGAAAAUAAAUGAUCUGUGAAUACAGUCA